CCACAAAGCGAUAGGCAAGCAAGUAUCUCGCUUGUUCGAUGGCGAUGAGAUGAGGAGGGUGGUGGGACGUUCGCCGUUCUUACUUGUGGACACGGUGGUUCUGGCAAGCGCUGCUGUGGACUAUAAAGCUUCUGUGUGGCUCUCCAACAUCGUAUUGAUUGACAGCCUACAGCACACCUUCGUCCCAGUGGCUCUGUUUCUACAAAGGCCAGUGCAUGUUCAUUGCGUUCCAAGGUCACGCCACAUCCAAAAAGACGGACACUGUCAACAUGUGUACUCAGAUACUAUCUUCGACGUCGACAUACCCCAACCCCACAUCCGGUAACGCGACGAACACGACGAAACCCAAAAGUCGGCCCCGGACACCGACGUUUUCCACGCUCAUGCGCGUUCCGAACUUAAGUAUGCCCGUACUGAAAAACAAACCAUCAUUGCCUUUUGGACUGGCCAGACGGUGUCGUUCUGCUUUGGGCACGUCCAAGCGGGCGACCCCAGAAUGCAAUUCUCGCCGUAUUUCAUCGUCGCAUUUCGGGUGGAGGUCAUCUGAAUCGUCUUCGAGCUCGUCGACUUCGGGGUAUGAUGGAUAUCACGUACCAUAUGUGCCCUUGGAUCCUCCGACGCCUCCUGUCUCCGUGCCGCCACUGGGUACGAAAAUCCUGGAGCGCUUCUGGCCUGAAAAUGAGCCAUUUUCUAUGGGCGAUGCGGAUGUCUCGCACUGCCAACGCCCACCGCUGGGGCAUACCUAUUCUGCAUCUCUGGACAGGACGCAGGGGUUCGUGUUUGAGACGGCAGUGAACGAUUGGACAGCUGGAUCGGGAUCGGGACUUGGGAAGGAAAUUCCGCAUCGCUUCUCGAUGCUUACCCCUCCACCGAGUCGUCGCGUGUCACGGAUACAGCCACUGUCGACGUCUGUGACUGCGACUCGUGAUCUUCCAUUUAGUGACGAGUUCCCGAGGAGACCGAGUGUUGAUCACAGGGUUGAGUCCGAGUUGCGGUUCCCGUUUUGAAAAGUAGUAAUUGAGUUUACCAUGGUAUAUAAUAGUGUUCUUCUUCGCGGGGGUAGCCCGGUAGCCAUCGUACUUUUGCCAAGGGACAGCAU